AUGUCACGAAUUGCUACACAGCGACUUUUCGCGGCAUCGCCGUGCUUGCGGGUUGCGACAUCUGCGCAAGCCACCUAUCGCCCCCUCUACCUCCACGCGCGACACUCGAGCUCCCUGCCCACUGUUGCGCAGCUGGACUUCUGGAAGUCCCUUAUUCCGAAGCCGUUUCGGCCCGAGGAGAAGCUUCGCGAUGAUCCCAUGAUCAAGCGCGUUAAGCCGAAGAGGAAGAAGGAGUGGAACCCGGCGACCUUCUACAUCGUCAUCUUCCUGCUGAUCGGCUCCAUGUCCAUCAACAUGCUGUCGACGAAGCAGGCGUUUGAGGCCUUCUCGCGCCAAGCAGACGUGCGCAUCAGCGUGUUGAGGGAGGUGGUCGAGAAGCUGCAGAGGGGCGAGGCGGUUGACGUGGAAAAGGCAUUGGGCACCGGCGACCCUCAGAAGGAGCUGGAGUGGGAGGAGAUGUUGAAGGAAAUCGAGCGCGAGGACUUAUCCCGGCAGAAGAAGCAGGAAAAGGCACGGCAGGCGGAAGUCGCAGGGAAGAGCAAGGCCGAAUCGAUCACGGAGCGGCAACCGGCGGCGGCGGCGGCGGCGGCGCCAGAGGCUGUCAAGACGCCGGCACGGGGCAUGUCGAGCUUUUUCUAG